AGUAUUCAGUUUUUAUCGAUUCUUCAUUAAUAAACCUACAUGCCUUAUCAGAAUAUUAUUCAAUAUCCUCUAUAUACUCCAUAACGUGUAGCACCAUAUAUAUGUAUGUAUAUAUGCUUCCUCAACAAAACCAGUUGCCUCUCUUUUCUUCUUCUUCUUCUUCAUCUUCAAUGGGUGAUCAACAAGUAAACUCAACAUGUGCUAAUGGAGGAUGGCAUGAGGAAAACUGGGUAGUCAUGGAAGGUGGGGAGGAUAAUUGUGACUCAAUAUCAAUUGGGUCGUCGACAAAUUCGAUAAACUCUGCAGCAUCAUCGUCUUCAUCAUUGGAAUUGGUAGAGGAUGCAACCUCUUCAACAUCAUCAUAUUCUUCAUCAUCAUCUGCAGCAUCAGCAUCAGCAUCCGGGCCUUUAUUUGAAUUAUCUGAGCUCAUGAUCCAUCUUCCGAUAAAGAGAGGGCUUUCUAGAUAUUAUGAAGGGAAGUCACAGUCUUUCACAUCUCUAGCAAGCGUGAAGAGCUUAGAAGAUCUUCUAAAGAAGACACAGACACCACAACAUAGAAAGAAAAUGAAGGCUUGCAAGAGCUAUGCAGGGGGUUUAGAUCAUGGCCAUAAAUCAAGCACUCUUCCCAAGGCUACUAUAUCAAAGAAGGGUUUAAGACGAGGAUCUUCUUUGUCUUCUGUGGGUAGGAGAGGUGGUUUAUUGGCUGCUUCUAGGCCUUCAUUUCCUGUAAAAUAAAGAAGAGUUAUUGUAUUUCACAUGUUGAGGAGUCUCACAGCUCACCUCUGUUUUGCAUACUUUUUACUAGAUUGAUUUUGAAACAUGGAACAGAUUUUGUAUCAAUUAAGUUUGUAAAGAUUAUAUCUUUUUCCAAGUA